AUGCUGUUUUCCCAGGAAUCUCAUGAUCAUGUUCUUUUGGAUAUUCCUGUCACUAGAGAGCGGAUGAAUCACUAUCGAGCUGCAGCUGAAACUGCUCGAAGUGAACUUGCAGCACUUUUGGUGAAGUAUGACUGUGCACAGUCAGAGCUUCUUGAACUCCAGUCCAGAAUGGUCUGUAAAGAAGCCUCUUUUCAAGAACUGAAGGCUGAAGCUGAAAGCUACAAGGAAAACAAUGCUAGACAGACGUCUCGCCUCCUGUCUUUGCAAACCCGAAUUCAGGAGAUGGAGGAAGAGGCAUGUGUGCUUGCCACUUCUAAAACCCAGGCUGAGCUGACGGCCCAGGUGGCAUUCAAGGAGAACUGGGAGCUGAAGGAGGAGCUUCAGGAGCGAAAUGCCAAACUUAAUAAAUAUGUGAGUGAGUGUGAAGAAAGCAUGACUCAAGCUUCCAAAAUCAGCAGAAAGUAUGAAGAGCUCCUUACACAGCUUUCUGGAUCCCUGGACACAGAUGUCAGAGAAAUAGAGAAACCACAGGAACAUUUAAUAUCAAAGGUCUCUGAAAUAUAUAAAGAAAAUCUGUCACUAAAAGACCAGGUUGCUGCUCUUCAAGAAGCUAUCAAUGUCCAUGAGAUGGAGUCCAAAGCUAGUAGAGAAACAAUCAUGAGGCUUGUUUCAGAAGUGACCAAGGAGCAGAAAAAGGCAGCAGGAUACUGUGAAGACAUGGAAAAACUUAGUAAGGAUCUUGACGGCGCUAUACUAGGGAGACAGAGUUUGGAGAUAGAGAUCAGAAACCUCCAAGAUAAACUGACUGCUAACCAGAAAGCUUUGGACGCCUCCAAGUGUGAACUGCAAAAUCUGAAGAAAUCUUCCUGUGAGCUGGAUGGAAGCUUGAAGAGCAGCAGAGAAGAGGCCAUGACUGCUCAGAGCUCUUUAGUGGCUUUUAAAGAGCAAAUUGCCACCCUACUCAGCGGUGGAUCUGCAGUAGUUAAACCUUCCCAGGAGGCCAUUUUGGAGAGGAUCCAAGAAAUAAAUUGCAGUGAAGAGAGUAACGAAAUA